AUGUUUUCAGAGCUAGAACUACGAGAAAGAAAGCGAAAGAAGGAAAUUCAGAAUAAACGGAAAUGCGAACAAUUGUCGAAAGCGUCGCCAAGAGUGAUUUGGGAAUCGAAACUUGAUUAUGUCCUAACUGUGAUUUCUCUAACAAUUGGCAUCGGAAAUAUCAUUACAUUUCCAGCGAAAUGCUACAAGCACGGAGGAUUUACAUUUCUGUUUGUCUACCUUCUUCUUCUUCUAACAUUUGGCGUACCAUUUCUGUAUCUGGAACUCAUUAUGGGCCAAUAUCAUCGGUGCACGCCGACAAUAUUAUUUCGAAGAUCUGCUCCUGCCUUACAAGGGGCUGGCUGGAUCAGUCUCAUAUCAGCAGUUUUCACAACGAUUCCAUAUAUGCUCGAAGUCGCAUUUGUCUUCAAAACGAUGUUCGUUUUUUCGGCAAUUGGUCACGAGGAUAAAGUAUGGACAAAUUGUAAUAACUCAUGGAAUUCGGACUUGUGCUAUCUUUACAAUGACCAAAUUGACGGAGUAAAAUAUCACGAGCAUUCCGACUGCCGAUUCACGAAACUCUCAAGUAUCAACGAUAUCAAAUCGAUUCAACCAAAUUUCCAAUUCCAAAUAGUAGCAAUUCAACAACGAACCGAAUCAUUUAUGGAAUUUGGAAGUGUGAAUUCGAAUACUCUCCUCGUUGUUACCUUUCUUUGGGUCAUUGUUGCGUUGAUUCAUAACCGCGGAAUCGCUUAUUUGGGAUCAUUCGCUGCUAUAAGCGUCAUCAUAACAUACUUGAUCAUUCCGACAUUGUUGUUCCGCGCAUUUGGCCUGAUUUGGAUAGAUGCUCUUACGCAAGUGACAUUCUCAUUGGGACUUGGAUUCGGUGGCCAUGUGACUCUUUCGUCGUUUUCGCAACCCAAACAGAACACGUUCGGCGUCGUUUGCCUCAAUGUCUUCCUCGAUACACUACUUAGUCUUGUCGCCGCGACCACCGUUUUUUGUGCACUGGGUCACACCGCUCACGCACUUGGAACAAGCGAUAUUUUCGAUUUGGUACCAACGUCAGAAACGAUGCGCGUUUCGUUUUUCGCGUUUCCUAUUGUGAUUGAGCAAAUGCCUGAUAUUUGGUUUUGGUCGGUGAUGUUCUAUUCAUCGGUUGGCAUUAUUGGAUUCAGCACAAUCACUAUCAUGAUUCUUUCGAUAUCAGUGCCGAUUGCCGACGUUUUGAAUAUUCCGACGAAAAGUUACAAACAUGAUUUGAUCGCAUUAGGACUAAUAUUUAUCACUUGGCUGAUUAACAUAUUUUUCUCGAUGGGCUCGGGAAUCUAUUGGAUAACCAUGUUUAGUGAUAUCUCCCAUUUCUGUCAGGGCAUCUCCAUUUUUACGAACUCUGUUAUUCUGGGAUACUUUUACGGCGCUGACAAUAUAAUAGAUGAUGUGAAUAUUCUCAUGGGAAAUGCCCACAACUUGUUCAGUAAAUAUUUUGGAUAUCAGUCUCCCGUUUGGUAUUAUUCAUGGAAAUAUUACUGUCCGGUUGUUUCGUUGCUAUUUUCUGUAAUCGCAUUUGUUCGACAAUUUCCAUCGCCGAACGACGAUAUUCGCUAUCCGUAUCUCUAUGAUACUUUUCAAAUCACAUUGACAACAAUGGUUAUCAUGUUGAUGCCGCUUGGGUUCAUUUACACCUAUGUUACGUUUCGAGUUUACUUUGAGGAUUUUGAGCCAGAUAAGGAAUUUACAUUCGAAAUGCUGUUUUCCAAGCAGAAACAACUGCGAUCGUGGCGACGAAUCUCGACGAAUUUGCUGUGUGACGACAAAAUCGAAUAUUCUAGAAUAAUGCAAAUUCUUCCUGAAAUGGAACCGGGCGAUCCGAAUGGAACCCUCCGAGCCUUGUAUACACAGUUCUUCUUGGUCGCUCAGAAUCCACUAUUCAUGAAUGAAAAACGAAAAGCUACGGAAAAAAAGAAGAAAAAGAAGAGAAAAAAAACGAAACUUCAUUUUUGGAGCAAGAAUUUCGAUGAUUUUGGUGAUGAUAACCGUGAAAUUGAUCGGAAAGAAAAACAGAGAAAAACAGAUCUUUUACGAAAAUUGAAACUCGAGAAACUGUCAAAAGCUUCACCUCGAGUCAUUUGGGAUGAGCAAAUCGACUAUCUAUUAUCAUGCAUUUCGUUUACAAUUGGAAUUGGUAAUAUUGUCUCAUUUCCUGCGAGAUGCUACAAACAUGGCGGCUUUACAUUUCUUAUAGCCUACUUCAUCACAAUGCUCACAUUCGGAGUUCCCAUUUUAUAUAUGGAGAUUAUUAUGGGCCAAUAUCAUAGAUGUACACCGAUCAUAACAUUCAGACGAUGUGCACCAGCAUUGCAAGGAGCUGGAUGGUUGGCACUCGUUUCAUCCUUGUUCCUUACAAUUCCUUAUAUGAUGGAUGUCGCACUUAUAGUCAAAUCAAUGUUCAUCUAUUCUAUAGUUGGUCUAAAGGGAAAAGCGUGGUCUAAAUGUGACAACCAUUGGAAUGAUGAGAUCUGUUUCGAUCCAUUGGUCAGUAAAAGCGAAGAAGCAUUGCAAUGCUAUUACACUAGCCUAUACCAUAUCAACAGCACGAUUAGAAAUGUAAUAGAUGAAUCGUCGGACUCUUUUAUGGAUUUUAAUGAAAUAAAUUCUAAGACAUUUCUGGUUGUUACUUUUUUAUGGCUGAUGGUUGCAUUGAUUCACAAUAGAGGAAUCGCCAAGAUGGGAGGAUUUGCAGCGAUAAGUGUCAUCUUGGUCUAUUUAUUUAUCCCGACAUUAUUUAUUCGAUCAAUUGGCUUGGAAGGUUCUGAACUUGGAUUGGCAAAACUUUUCGGCAACUUUGAUUUAGAAAGCCUCGCUUCAACAUCAUUGUGGCUUGACGCGCUUGCGCAAGUCGCGUUUUCGCUGGGCGUCGGAUUUGGCGGUCACGUCGUGCUCGCCUCAUUCGCACCGCCCAAACAGAACACAUUUGGAGUCGUCAUGUGCGUUAUAUUCUUGGACGCAUUUCUAAGUCUUGUCUCCGCUGCGACAAUGUUUGCCGCACUAGGACAUCGAGCAAAUCAUCUCCGAAUUGAGAAUAUUUUCGAAGUGGUUCCUACAACAGAAGUGAAUCGGGUUACAUUCUAUGCGAUUCCGAUUGUUAUAGAACGAAUGCCAGAUAUUUGGUUUUGGGUUGUCAUGUUCUAUUUGUGCCUCGCAUUGAUUGGUUUCAGUACGAUCUGCUUGAUUGUUCUCGCCAUAUCUGUGCCGAUAACAGAUUCGCUCAAUAUUCCAACCAAAAGCUACAAACAUGAUGUGAUUGCACUUAUUGCAGUGUUGUGUUUGUGGCUCACGAACACAUUAAUGAGCUUAAAAUCGGGAAUUUAUUGGAUGUCGAUGUUCAACGAUAUCUCUCACUUCAGUCAAGGCUUUACCAUUUUGAUCAUGGUUAUCAUCAUGAGUUGUUAUUAUGGUGCUGACAACAUUAUGGACGAUUUAAAAAUUUUGAUGGGAAAGCCAAAGAAUGUGUUUAGUCGUUAUUUCGGAUUCGCUUCACCUAUUUGGCAAUUUUUAUGGAAAUUCUAUUGCCCUGUUAUAGCUUUUACAAUACAAAUAAUGCUGACAAUUGGCAUCAUUUGUUUAUUGCCUUUAGGAUUUUUGUACUCAUAUGUCUCAUUUUUAGUUUACUUCCAAGAUUAUGAACCCAGCAAGAUCUUCACAUGGGAUGUAUUGUUUCUAAAACAGAAACAAUUACGAUCGUGGAGAAGAAUAUCGGGAAAAAUGUUAGAAGAUGAUGCCCAUGCCUUCGAAGAAAUUAUGCGGAUUCUGCCGGAUCGCGAACCUGACGAUCCUGAUGGAAUCUUGAAGGCCUUGUACAAACAGUUCUUCUACAUGGCUCAAUCUCUUGUUAGUUUUUGUUUGUGA